AAAGGAUGUGUGACGAGAAAGGUUUCGAUCUGAAUUGUCACCCAUCCCUUUUCUUCAGCGAUGCUGCCUGACCUGCAGAGUUACUCCAGAAUGUUGUGUCCAUCAAGAAUAAUAUGAUUGAAAAAUACAUGUACAGUCUCAAACAUUAUCCCAGUCUUUAACGAGUUCCGAGGAAGCUUUGGUGUCAAUGCGACCAAGAAUAAUAUAAUAGUAAAGGGCAUUUGCAAUUUAAAACUUUGCCCCCGACUUAGACAAAUUGCUAUUUUUACUUAGCAGUCAAUGAAAUUAAGAAUUAUAUAAUUGGAAAUGGCAUUUGCAAUUUAAAACUUUGCCGCUGUUUGCUAUUUUUGUUUAGUAGCAAAUGAACAAUAAUGUAAAUGAAAAGUGCAUUUCCAGUCUAAAGCACGUGUUGUCUGGUGAAUCGCUAUUGCGCUUUUAGCAGUCAGAGGCUGCUCCAUUCCUUCGCCGCUGCUGACGUGGGGAAAGCAUGACGCCUUUGCAAGGGCAGCCGCGAUUCAAAUGUAGUGGUCCCUGUCGCGCACCGCAGGCUUGGUAGAGCCUGGAGAGUCUGGAUUACAAACCGCACAACUCACUUCCUGCACCUCGGCUCCGGGGGGCGACCACACAGUAUGUCAGAGUCCAGCAGCCCGCAGCGAUGAAUACAGCGAACAGCACUGAGAUCCCGGCCGAAACGCUCUUCGGCGCCGGCGCUUACAAGGUGCUGGCGGUCGUCGUGGGCACGGUGGGUGCUGUGGGCUUCUGCAAUAACCUCCUCAUGUUGGUGCUUUACUGCAAAUUCAAGAGGCUGAGGAGUCCCGCCAACCUCUUCCUCGUCAACAUCAGCAUCAGUGACUUGCUGCUGUCGGUCUUCGGAAUCUUCUUCACCUUGGUCUCCUGUGUGAAGGGGGGAUGGGUUUGGGACAACAGUGCGUGCAUCUGGGAUGGCUUCAGCAACACGCUGUUUGGAAUUUCAUCAAUAAUGUCGCUGACUGUCUUGGCAUAUGAGCGUUAUCUCCGGAUGGUGAAUGCAACGGCGAUUAACUUCACCUGGGCUUGGCGGGCCGUCACAUAUAUCUGGCUGUACUCGUUGGCUUGGAGUGGAGCCCCAUUAAUUGGCUGGAACAGAUAUACUCUGGAGGUCCACAGACUUGGCUGCUCAGUCAACUGGGACUCACAAAGCCCCAGUGACACUUCAUUCAUCCUCUUUUUAUUCCUGGCAUGCCUGCUUGUCCCUGUAAGCGUCAUAGCUUACUGCUACGGGAAUAUUUUGUACACCAUGAAAAUGCUUCGAAACAUUCAAGACCUUCAGACAACCCGAUUUGCAAAGAUCUUAUUGUACGAGAAGAAUAUGUCCAAGAUGUGUUUCUUCAUGAUCGCUGUUGCCUUUUCAUGUUGGCUACCCUACGCUGUGACGUCCUUUAUGGUGGUUUACGGUUACACCGAUGUCAUUACGCCCACCGUAGCCAUUAUAGUUUCACUACUUGCCAAAUCAAGCACAACAGCCAAUCCCAUCAUUUAUACCAUCACGAGCAGAAAGUAUCGAUGGUGCCUAAUGCAACUCCUUUGCUCUCGUCUUAUGAGCAUCAAGUGGGCAAUUAAAGAUCGCACCGUUAGAGUUCGGAGUGACAAACCGGUCAAGCCCAUUGUCACUUCUGAAAAAGUUGCAGACAGGCCAAAAAAGAGAGUGACUUUCAGUUCUUCUUCGAUAAUUUUCAUCAUAACAAAUGACGAAACUCAGGAUAUUGGUAGCACGGCUGAACUCAAUGCCACCAACCCCAAUGCUGUUCAGGUGAGACCUUUGAGACCGGAAAGAGCAUCAAGAGGAAACAUUGAAUGUUGAUGUGUGCCAUGGUCCCUUUUAGACUGAGACACUGCAUCGCGAUGGUUUGUACAAUUAAGUACUGAGGAAAAGCAAUAUUAAAUUGUGUUAUUUAUAUUUUAGCAGUCCGUGUUUUAUUUUCAAUGGUUCAAUGGUGCUUUAUUUGUCACAGGUGCAACUGCAGAAUAAAAUUCUUCUUGUACAUUUGCACAUGCAGGGGGCCCCACGCUUUGGCCCCUUUUCCACAAGUCCAAAAGCCAAUCGCCUAUGCGCUGGGUCUACUGGAGCAGUUCCUGAUCUAAGUGAGCUCCAGGCUCCUGCAGGGCCUUCUGUUGCCCUCAACCAGCUAGGCCUGCGAACCAACACCCCUCUUCUCGCCCGGCCAUCCUUGUAUCCCGGGGGUGCCUGCUGCAGAUGACCUUGAAGGCACUGGAGACAUUAUCCCGGUUCACUCUCCUCACGUUCCCCCGGUACCAGGGUCCGCCGAGCCUUCAGAUCCUCUAUGUAAUGUGAGACGUAUGCGGAACAACACAUUCACAUUCUCACUAACCUUGAUCUGAUUAGUUCUAAUUAUCCGCUACGUACACCAUCAAACUUUAAAUAUUAUAUGAUAUUUAAAUAAGCUCUCCAAUUAGAACACCCCGAAGAAGGAUGUAAGGGAAUAAUCAUACAGUGUGGAAACAGUCCCUUCGGCCCAUCAUGUCCCAACUACGCUAGUCCCACCUGCCUGC